AUGGACGACACUUCAAAUAUCUUUGGUCUUAUUUGGAACAGCCGUGUAAUCUCCUUUGCCAACGACGAGCAUGAAGAGGAAACCUGGACGACAGGCCAAAAAAUCCGAGAGAGCUGCCGACCAACAAUUUCAAGACCCUUGAGCUCUACCAACACUGUCCCUGAGGCAUCCGCAACUUUUGAGUGCUUCAACCACACGCGCCAAACCAGCGGUAACCUCAAAGUCGUCAUACAAAUUCCGUAUAAUGGAUCAGAGGGCGAGCCAUGGCGGUCCCGAGGCGAACAAGCAACAUCUGAACUAUCCGACUCCCUUCGAGCCGAGCUUGAGUCUCUGAUAAGACGUAAACACAAGUCUGGACCAGCUGCUCCCAUGCUAUUUCUUUGGAAGAAAGAGAAGCAAACAUCAGCAAUGCCAGUUCCUGGUGGAUAUGUUGUUUAUAUCUUAAUUGGUCAUAUCAAGAAAGAAAUACCACGGAACCAGCCGUACUGGAGUGGACUUUCAUGUUUGUUUAGCUGCAUUUCUCUUUGA